GGACUAAAUUUUUGAACAAUUUUUAUGGUACUUAACUGUAGGAAGUACUGCAUACUAAAGGAAAUAAGCAGAAAAGGGUUGAUGUAGGUUUUAAUUAAGUGUCAUCAAACUGGGCACAAAUUGUACUUAUCAUGGCUGAUCAGAAUGAAAUAAGACAUUGCAAGGAAUCAGCAAGAUGCUGAUGUGUGUAAAAAUAUAGGUGACUAAGCAAGUUGUAAUGGGUUUCAGCUACCCCUCAGAUUGGUCAAGAUUUUUCUUAAGGUUAACAGAUAGAAUAUAUAUUCCUUUUGACUCUCAAUUGAAACUUGCUCUGUUGCUGCAUACCUUCUGAAGAAAAUUAAGUUAUGCUUAAAAUGCCUGAUAUCCUUUUUUACAUCCAUACAGAUUAUGACAAUUGCAGCCAUGGAGCCAGUGCAACCUGGAGAUGGGGAGGCUUCAUCACCAGAUUACAGUCAGAUAUAUACCUUGCUAAGUAGAGUGAUGCGAGGUCAGCCACCUCCUGACCUCACCCCUCUUAGUGCUCGAGUUAUCUUGGACUUGAUGGCAGACCUUGAUCAACGUCUUGCAGGUCAUGACAUUAGUAGCCAAGUAAACUUUAUCACUAACAAGUACAAAGAAGUGAUGCAGAGUCAGGAUACUGCCUUAUCUUCAGAGCAGACACAAGUUCCUUCAGGUCAAGCUGAAGCAGCAUGCAGCACCUCUGAUCCAGGUGCAAGUAGUUCUGGCAAACCAAAGACACCACUGUCUUCUCUAAACCCCUUGAAUGUUCCAGUAAAAUUACUUAAUCUGAAGAAAUCAACUCCAGUUUCCAGCUCACAGUCAUAAUCAGUUGAAGUAAAUAUGUAAAAACUAUGUAGCUUUUAAACUCUUCACACAUUUUUGUCUAUUAUACUCUAAGGUUCUCAAACAACAAUUAUUUCUGACAAAUACUUUAUGUUCUCUCCUUCAAUACUCAAUGAGUGAUGUGGCAUUUCAGUUCAUGUAAUUGUAUUGAAUCCAUUUCUUUCAAUUUGAAAGAAGCAUUUGUUGUCUCAUUAGUUCGACAAUUUCAUACACUCCAUCCCUUUCUUGGUGGGGUGUUGUUUAAGCUAAGGAAGGAUUACUUGAAUAAAGAUUUGAUUUCUCAGCUUGUUCUAAGGCUUUCUGUAGGUUGGUAUCAAAUAGUUCACACCUGCAAGAAGAGAGACAGUAAUACGUAAGCCUCUAGGUUACCCUAAUCACAGUUUUUUUAAAAAAUUGAGUUUUGUAGAUACUUAAUUUCGAGGGGAAGGCAAUUGAAUAUUUUACACGCUUCAUACUUACAAAGAGAUCUUGUUUAAUAAGAAAAGAAAACUUCAGAAUGUGUGACAAGAGUAAGAUGAUACUUUUCCUGGAAAAAGGCUAAUAAAAAAUAUAAUUUUUUGGCCCUUAUGCUAA